AUGGAGCCGUGUAUUAUCAUCCAUGGCGGCUGUAGGCCUAUCCCUGAGGAUUUCAAAGAACCUUACAAACAGGGUGUUCAACUUGCAGCUAGAAAAGGAUAUGCGGUGCUUCUUGAGGUGAAUUUAUGGAAAAUUACUUAGCCAUUUUAUAAUCAAUAGACCUCGUAAACUGGUUUGUUUUGUCCACCCAUUUCAGGUCUCAAGGGAAUUUCUAGCUUUAUCUCUGGCAAAUUGUGCAUACAUAUGCCUAUAGAUAAGAGCAAAUUGAAAGAGGCAGUUCUUUAGAGUAUUAUCACAUGACCUUAAAUGAGUAACCAAAACAUACUGUUUCUCACAAGUACAUGCAUGAGCGGAGUAAAUGAUAGGUAUUGUAAGUGCAAGCAAUAUAAAAUGUAUUUCUUUUGCCAAGUAUUACUACCUUUUUGAUUUUUUAGUCUGAUUGUUUGGGUGGGAGAAGCCCUGGCAUGAGUAGAGGUUGACGCUUCAACAACCUUGGCGGAAGUCAACAAUUGCAAAUGAAAUGAAGAGCGUUGUCGGGCGAGUGUUGUAAGUCAAGUGAAAUUUUUUAUCCAACACAGGGUGGAAGUGCAGUAGAUGCUGUUGAAGCAGCUGUCAGAAAUAUGGAAGACAACCCUCUUUUCAAUGCUGGACGUGGAUGUGCGCUCACAGAGGAAAACACGGCCGAGCUUGAUGCACUUAUAAUGGAUGGACACAGUUUGGCAGCUGGUGAGACUGUAAUGUUGAAGCUGAUGCUGUUUUCAUUCUGGGAGAUGCACUUUGGCCCUGUGGCUUGUGCAGCGUACUAUUUAGGUUCAUAUUUAUACUGUCCCUUGAUAAUUGCUUCUUGAUUCUCGUAAACUUUCGAGAUCAAGGUGUAAUUGCGUGACUGUGCGUUACAGUUGGGCUUCGAUUUUUCUCUUUGAUCUUUAAGGUUUCUGUUUACACUUAGUUUUCUCAGUUUUCCUAUCUCCGUGUCGUUAGUUGUAGUUCGUUCUUUGUCAUCGUCGAUCAAAUUUUUAGUUGUGCGUGCCAUCGGCGUUGCGGAAUCGAUAUGUAAGUUUUUGAUAUUAUGUUUCUAUUUUCGCAUAGCUUGCCUCAUAACCUUUAUAGUCAUUGUUUAUUCAUGUUUUGUGCAAGUAAUUUUGUGAUGUCGCGCCCUGGUGGUCGCGUGGAAAUUUACUAUGAAAUUUAAGUGUUCUGUUAUUGUAAUUUCGGGGCAAGCUCAUUAGGUACAUUUUGGUAUUUCCUUUAUUAUCACACGUUAAUUGUGUCGCGUAGGCUUCUCUCAGUUAUUUUCAGUUUUUAAUCGCCACGCGCGUUCUUACACUAGUUUCUCUUAGCUUAUUGAUUUCAGUUUACGAGACAGUAUAGACAAUUAUAAUCAAGAUCAGCGGUUAAAUUGGUUCGCCGUCUCCGUAACAUAUCCCUGUGUUUUUGGUACGUUAUUACUUAUCUGGUCGCGAUUUUUCGUAGCACUCCUAUUUCGCCUUGAUUUUCGCUUAGCGUGACACAAGGCUGAUUUGAGUUUCAAGACGUGCAAGACUUUUUUUGGAUAAUACGUUGUAAAAAUUUGUUACGUAAAACUAAAUUCUCAAAUCAAAAUUAAAAACUUGGGCCUCAUAAUGUAAUUCAGGAUUCUGGCAAGCUUUGAAAAAACAAAAAUUAAGUUUUGACUCAGAUGUUGUAAAAAGGUGGUAAUAGACUGUCUGGAAACCUUGACAAUUCAAAUGAAAAUUUCCAAGGAGUAUUGGCUGUCCAGUCAUUUCAUUUCAUAGAAGCUGAGAUAAGCUGUGACAGUGAAGCACCAUUAUGUUCAUUAAACAAAUGCUAAUUUUCAUGCAUUCCAAAUUAAAUUUCAGGAGCAGUUGCUUGUGUUCAAGCCAUAGCCAACCCUGUCUCUCUUGCACGACGCGUUAUGGAGGAUACUCCUCAUUGCUUGCUAGCUGGGGAAGGAGCUUUAAAGUUUGCUAAGAAGAUUGGAUUUCCUGUUGUUGAGGAUCCAUUAGUGCUCGUCACAGCUGAAUCACAUGAACGCUCAGUUGAUGCAGCAAAUUAUGUGGGAACAGUUGAAGAUUUUAUUUCUGGGAAUUCAAAACAAACAGAUAGUACUGGAAGUUCACAGGGAUUUGACACUGUAGGAGCAGUUGCAUUAGAUUCUUGGGGACAACUUGCAUGUGCAACUUCAACAGGUGUGUUCUCAAUCUCUGGUGGUAUAGUGACCCCAAGCAAUAGAUACAAUCUGGGAUGUUGUUAGGUAUACUUAACACAUCAAACUGUAUAGAAUCAUACCAAUCACUUGGAGUAAUUUUCAAUUAAUAUGUAGGGAAACUUAUGAAUCAACAACUAUGCUCAAACAUGGUAGGCUCUGGCAAAAGGAAGAGCAUUAUAGAAGUGGGGUUGGGGUUGACCUUGUGGCAUAUGAAACAGCUCCAAUCUUCAUUUAAUGACUUCAUUUUUUGUGGUAUUCAUAGCUUAUCACCUGAUCCCCCCAACUAACAAGCAUUCCCCUUUCUUAACCCUUUAAAUCCUAAGAGUGACUAGCAUCUAAUUUCUCCCCACAAUAUCACCCCUGAAUCACACAUUAAGGUCAUAAGAAUGAAGGAAAUGAUUACUAACUAAAGAAGCUUUUGAUCAGUGACCAAAAUCUCCUUGUCAGCACCUUAGGAAAUGUAUAAAGAACAGUAUGGAGAAUAUGCAUGAUGAAAUUAGGGUGUAAAGGGUUAAAUGACCAAGACCAUUUUAGCUGGUUGUGAUUACUAGAUUAUAAUUUGAUGGAGCAUGUAACUUUUGGGAAUAUGGUAGAUGUACAAUGUGCAUGUAUGGUAAUUACUAUGUACUUAUUGACUGAGUGGGAGGGUUGGACAGUUAAAUAUUUGACUUGGGGUCAUAAGGAAUGGACCAGGCACAUUGUGGUCAGUUCACCAUGACCGAGCAAACUCAGUCAAUAAGCAUUUUAUUAUAUGACCGCUAAAUGUUAAAAAUUUUGAAAAUUUUGUUUGAACCCAGUAUAUAACAGACUGGUGCAACCACGAAAAAUAUAAAAACUUUUCCUUUGUCUUUUCAAGUCAGAACCAUAAAAACACACAAUUCAUUGAAACACAAUUUUUUUUGGACUCUUUUCUCUUUUUCCUUUAAGUUUUUGCAAGAAAGCCAUGUGAGUGUAGGGCUGGACUAAUAUCUCUGGACUGGCUUUUUGUCAAUCCAUCUGGCCCUACACACAUUAGUUUUCAGUAUGGUUUUCUAUGAAAUUGCACUGCAUUAAGUCAGAUAUGAAGCUAGAGGGUAUGCCAAUUUAGUAAGGGGCAUACUUAGCUGUGCUUCUACCAUGUUAUGAAUGAGAGUUUCUCUUACAGUGCAGGAUAUAGCCUGGAUUUUUAACCACUUAAAAGUUCUCCCGGCCCUGAAUAUAGUCAGAUUAUUACACCCCACCCAAACCUUUCCCUGGUCAAAGAAACAUUUGAUAAAACCAGGAGCCCAUUACCCAGAGCUUCCAUCCUCCUAACUUACCCUCUGGGUCAACCCUGUCCCGUAUCUUUUUAUUUUUAGAAGCACCUCCCACAGGGUUUUUUGUGGGUGUUUACAUAAUAGCCAAUCAUAAGAGAGCUGUGGUCCUUUAUUGUUUACAUCACAUGCAGAGAAGAAAUAGAGGUCAGCCUUCGCCUUUGGCUGCCAAUUUUUGUUAGGGUGUUAAGCAAACGUCAGCAUGUUUUCGCGGGAAAUUAAAGAACCCCCCACCCCCCCACAUAUCUAAAGAAAAAAAUACGAUACGGGACAUGGUUGACUCAAGGGUACAAUUGGUAUGGAGGCUCUGGGUAAUGGGCUCCUGAUAAGACUUGUUUGUGUAACAAGAUCCAUCAUAUGAACAUUUUUCUAGGUGGAUUGCCAAUGAAAAUGCCAGGGAGAGUUGGUGACAGCCCAUUAGUUGGAUGUGGAGGAUAUGCCAAUACAGUGGCUGCAUCGUCUACCACUGGUCAUGGAGAAUCGUUGAUGAAAACUGUUCUGGCUUGGGAGGUGGUCCGAAAUGUGGAAGAUGGCUUAGAAACCAAGGAAGCCUGUGAAAAAUCAAUUAAUAAAAUGGCCAAUUCAGUUAAAGGUGUAGGUGGUGUUAUAGCACUAAAUAAUCAUGGAGAGUUUGGACUAGCUUUUUCCUCCAAGCAUAUGACUUGGGCAUUUGUUAGCAGACAUGUUAUUAAAUUUGGACAGGAGCUGGGUGAAGAACAAGAGAUUCCAAUGUAAAAUGUUCAAAUAAUUUGUCAAGUCAGAUUUUACACCCAAAUGUUCAAAAUGAUCUAAAAAUAGAUUUAGAAAUUUUAUGCUCUUUAUAAAAUAAUUUUCCUCUCCAAAAUGGCUGAUAUCAACUUUAGAAAUGUUUGUAGAGAAAUAGUUUUAGCAUAAUAUUACAGUUACCAUGACAACAUUGUUACUGUCAUUGAUUAAGUAACAUAAAAUGUUUAUAUAAUUUUGUACAGAUUUAUAUGACAGUUUUUAUAAAAUAAAUCUAUUUCAAUCAUAGCUAGUGGUAAUAAAAUGUAACUCAUGAUGUUGUAAUUCUCUUUUUCUAUACAACAUUACAUUACCCUCUGAAUGAAAAUCUCUGGA